AUGUGCACUGAUCAUCAGGGCACUGAUGAUCAGUGUGCCCUAAUGAUCUGUGUAGCCCAAGAAGUGCCACCUGUCAGUGUCCAUCAGUGCCAGCGGUCAUUGCCCAUCAGUGCCACAUUAAUGCCACAUAUCAAUGCCCAUCUGAGAUGCCUUUCAGUGUCACCUAUCAGUGCCAGUUAGUGCCACCUAUCAGUGCCGCCUAUCAGUGCCCCAGUCAGUGCCACCUAUCAGUGCCAUAUAUGAGUGCUGCCUUUCAGUGCCCAUCAGUGAUGUCUGUCAUUGCCCAUCAGUGCCACCUACCAGUGCCUCCUCAUCAGUGCCCAUCAGUGCCACCUAUCAGUGCCCAUCACUGCAGCCUCAUUAGCGCACACCAGUGAAG